AUAAAGGGCUGCAUGUGGAAGUGCGCGUGAACAAGGAGUGGUUCACAGGCCGUGUCACAGCUGUGGAAAUGGGCAAGCACGCAGUACGCUGGAAGGUGAAGUUUGAUUACGUUCCAACAGACACCACACCAAGGGAUCGCUGGGUAGAGAAGGACAGUGAGGAUGUGAGGUUGAUGAAGCCUCCCUCUCCUGAGUACCAGGCUCCAGAUACGCAGCAGGAAGAGGAGGUUGUUGUGGCUGAACCUUCUACCUCAGACUGUGUCAGAAUUGAGCCAGACACCACUGGUCCCAGCAGCAGCCAAGAAACAGUAGACUUACUAGUCCAGAUCCUUCGAAAUUGUUUGCGGUACUUCUUACCUCCAAAUUUUCCCAUCUCCAAGAGUGAGCUGAGUUCCAUGAGCUCGGACGGGUUGUUGGCUUUUCCAUUGAAAGAAUAUUUCAAACAGUAUGAGGUAGGUCUGCAGAAUCUGUGCAAUUCAUAUCAGACACGUGCCGAUGCCCGGGCCAAAGCCUGUGAAGAAAACCUCCGCAACUCAGAGAAAAAGCUGAAGGAAACAGAGGAGAAACUGCAGAAGCUGAGGACCAACAUAGUGGCCCUUCUGCAGAAAGUGCAGGAGGACAUUGAUAUUAACACAGAUGAUGAACUGGAUGCGUAUAUAGAGGACUUGAUCACAAAAGGAGAUUGAACAGCCCCAGAACAAGUCCUGGAGAAGUGUGGAGGAGCUGCCUGCUGCGAUGGGAGAUGUGGAUUCCUGCAGUGGAGGACUAUGGCAGCUGAUGAGGAGAGAGGGCUUUAGACAGUGCUUGUUGUGUUGGUGUACAACUUGUUCUUGUGACUUUACAUGAAAAAGACAUUUGUGCUGUUGGCAGGAAAAUUUUUAACAUUGUAGUUCUCUGAAUCUCUUCCUUUUGUUUAUAAAUAUUUAUUUUUAAAAGAAAUAGG